CUUUUUGCAUCUUAACAUGAGUAUCCGUUGGCCGAACACUUUGCGACUUACGAGCGCCAAUUCGCCAGCCUCGACAUGAUGCUACUGCGCCUAUUACGAGCGCCCAAAUAAGGUCACCCAUGGGUUGAGAAGGGCCCUCCCCAAUGGCUACGAAUGUCCACAAGCACACAACAUUGAUUGUUGUCCUGCCGAGAAGAACUGUACAAUUGAGAUAAUCGAGACUCCAAGAUGCUCAAACUCGUCAUGGGAUCUGUACGACAAUGGAGGAUACUUCUGCUGUGAGCAUGGCUUGCCCGUGUACAACAACAGCAACACGAAUGUUUGCGCAAGUCCAAAAACCUCGCCCAAGGUCAUAUUAUUGGAGCUGGUCGCGGCAGCUGCUGUAUCUUCUUCAUCGGUUGCGCCAGCACUUCCUCCGCCACAGCCACGACUGCGUCGUCCACCUCCCCCGCGACCACAGCAGCAACAACAACGCCUGCACAACCGUCGACAUCACCCUAAAACGGAUCCUCAACACCAGUCGGUGCCAUUGCAGGAGGCGUUGUGGGAGGCAUCGCUGGCUUAGCAAUACUUGCGCUCAUCGCCUGGCUUAUUGUGCGCCGGAAACGACAGAACAUGGCUCAGAACUCUUACCUUGCGGUACAGAAGAUGGACGAGAACGGCAACGAAGGCGUUUACACUGCACAUCAGCUCGAAGAUAUAUAAAGGAUAUAUGAGGCAGGAGCUGGAAAGGUUACAUAUGGUCAUGUCAGAGAGCUGCCCGCGCAAUCAGCGCCGGUCGAGCUCCCUGCUGAGCACCAGACGCCAAGAUGAGUUUUACACUCUUAUUUGCGCUUUUCUCCGUCUU